AUUUGAAUCUGAAAAACUUCAGAUCACGCUGCAUUACUGGGGUCUGUCUGAAGCCUGACGUGCCAAUCCAGCAGUCACAUCUUGGACUCUCGUCAGGAUGCAGAUCAGCAGAAACAAGAUGCUGUUUGGCUUCUUUGCACUGUCCUUUGGGUUUUUCCUGGAAACGGGAAUCUGUGCUGCAGUGCAAUCUGAGCUGAGAAUCACAACUAUAAAGCAAGAGCCAUAUACAAUUUCCAAGGGCACUCAGCUGGAAGGCUUUUGCAUGGACCUGCUGUCUGAAGUUGCCAAGAAACUGGGCUUUAAGUACAGAGUGCAGCUGGUGAAAGAUGGUUCGUACGGCAGGCAAGAUGACAAUGGGAACUGGAAUGGGAUGAUUGGAGAGGUGGUGAGAGGGGAGGCAGAUCUUGCGAUCGCUCCACUGACUCUCACUGCAGCCCGUGAGAAAGCCGUGGGGAUGACCAAACCGUUCAUGCAAACAGGAAUCAGCAUCCUGCUGAGGAAGGACAUCUCGGAGGGAUCGGGCUUCUUUGAUUUUCUGACCCCCUUUACAGCUGAGACCUGGGUCGGCAUCCUCAUUGCCUAUCUGGGGACUGCUGCAAGCAUCUUUAUAGUUGCCAGAAUCAGCCCGUGUGAGUGGAGUCAGCCUCAGAGUGAACAGAACCGAUUCAGCUUCCUCCACAGCCUGUGGUACACAGCUGGAGCUCUGACUCUUCAAGGUGCUGGUCCUCACCCCAAAGCUCUUUCAGGUCGUGUCAUCUGCUGCAGCUGGUGGUUUUUUACUGUUGUCCUCCUGGCUUGUUAUUUCUCCAACCUCAGCUCCUCUAAGAGCUCUGAGUCAGCUCAGCUGAUGGUGAAAGGAUUUGAGGACUUGGCCAAUCAGGACACAAUUGAGUAUGGCUGCCUGGCUGGCUCUUCCACCCUUGCCUUCUUUAAGAAUUCAAACAACCCAGUGUAUCGCAGAAUCUAUGAACACAUGGAGAGAACUAAGAGUUUCGUGUCAUCUAUGGAUGAGGGGGUCCGGCGUGCAAAAGAGGGCAACUUCGCCUUUAUUGGAGAAUCUGUCUCUCUAGACUUGGCAGUGGCGCGGCAUUGUGAACUGGUCAGAGCUCAUGAAGUCGUUGGCAUGAGAGGAUACAGCAUUGCUGCUGCGUUUGGUUCUCCUUUGAUAAAGAACCUCAGUGUGGCAAUCCUUCAAUUGAGUGAAGCUGGAGAGCUGGCUUACCUGCGAAGCAAGUGGUGGGCCAGCAGCUGCAUAGCAGACAGGACCAAGUCUUCACCUGUGCAGCUGCACAGCCUCAAGGGGAUGUUCCUGGUUCUUUCCCUGGGCUUGGGGCUGGGAGCACUGUUGGCUGUCCUGGAGCUCACCUCUAAGAGUCGCAGGGGUGCAGUGGAGCAGAGGAAAUCCUGUUGCACUGUGCUGACUGAAGAACUGAGUCUGCGCUUGAGGACCAGCAAUGCAAGCAGACCCCAGGAAAAUGUAGACAAAGAUAAAGAAAAGGCAUAGAAAUGAUCUAGAAACAUGUUUUUACCAUGUUUGAAAACUGUGAUCCUUUUAACUUUUAGUUUUUUUUCUUUUGAUGACAUUUGACAAACAUUAGCUGAAGUGUAGGUUUUGAACUUUCUUACUUGAAAAGAUACAUUAGAAAAUAAAAAAACUUGCAUUUUUAUUAAAAAUAAUUAGUUUAUUGAUUUUCAAGUACAAAUGCUACAGUUCCAAUGAAAAAGCAAACAUUAUAGUUAAAAUAUUACGAAAAUAACUGUUGAAACCAUUCUUGCUUAAACUUGAAAACUUUUUACUAACAAAUAGGGAUCAUGUACUUUAUGAGUUUUCUGUUACUUUUCUAUGACUCUACAUCAUGCUGUUUUGUACAGUUGGCAAUGGCAUCAAUUUCUUUUUAAAAAGUAUUUCAUGCAUAAAAACUGUGUUGUUUGUAAACAUUCCAGCAGCAUGAGUACAACAGUGUGGAUUGUAAACAUUACAGCAGACCUAAAAUAAUAAAAAAAAAAAACUGUCUAAUUGUGAAA